UAGUCUUCCUGGAGCUGCAGACGAGGAGCCCCGUGCCCUCCCGAGCCUCUCAGCGGCUUCCCCUCGGCUGCGCGAGUGUGCAGGCUCUCCUCGCCACCCCCACGCAGGCUCGCCCUCGCUCCCUCCCUCCAGCCCCGCGGCCGGAGCGCGCACACCGGGGCUCCGGCACGUGGGCGCGCGGGAGGCGGCGGCCGCUGCUGCCGCUGCCGGAGCCCAAGCCCGAGCCCCAGCCGGCGAGAUUACCCUCCAUGCUGCCUGCUCUGCGGCCGCCUUCCGCUCUGCCUCUGGCCGGAGCCCAGCCCCGCGAGCCGGUGAAGCCGCGGAGGGGAGGACACGGACAGGAGGAGGGGCGCGGCAGGCUGGGGCGAGCCGGGCUCUGAGCAAGGGGCGCCCGCAGCCGGGAGGAGGCAGCCGGGCGCUCUCGCUCGCUCUCUGCUCCAGGCGCUGCUAGGGGUUCCAGGCGGCGCGACGCCGCUGCACUCUUUCUAGGCGGCGGCCAGCGGAGAUUUCCCGCAGCCGGCCCUCAUUCCGCCGGCAAGUCCCUGUUUAUCCUGGAGGACGCGCCCGGCCGCCCGAGCUGAAGCGAGCGCGAAGUCCGAAGUCAGCCCCCAGCGUCGCCAACUUCCCCGGGAGCCCCUCUUCCCGCCGCAGCCUGCCCUAGCCCUGGGAGCGAUGCGCCCCCAGCCGGGCGGCGCGCCCUCUGCCAACUCUCCACUCAUGGGAUCCACCGCCCUCGGCUGCCCCGCUUGGAGCGCGUAGCCUUCGCCGCGUGGCCCGAGAGAGGAGCGAGACACCAAGGCGUUUCGUGGAUUCCGCGCGCGCGCGCGCGCGUGUCUGCUGGGGUCUCCUGCGGGGCAGCUUCCAUACCCAGGGUGAUUAUAAUUAGCCACUGGACAACUGUAUCAGAGCUAGCAGUUCAGUACAAAAUCAAGAAAGAUAAAAGUAAUCAGAGGAUUUGCAAACAAUUAGGAUACUGAAUUUCAGGAAGCCUGCCUAUGAGCAGCUAAGGACACCUGACCUGUGGAUUCCCCCUGCUGGCACAUAGUCACACCCUGUGCUCCACAUGCCUCAUUGACACAGACCUGAAUCCUGUGGCUGGUUCCUCUUGUGUCCUCCAGAGAGCUACCUGGAAGAAACCUUCAUCCUCAAAGACUUGGAAAAGGCUUUCCUGGAGUCUGUGUGGAGGUUACAAAAACCAUCCCUCUGGUGGUGCCCUGAGCAGAUUAUUUCAACCCCAAUGUUGCCCUGAACGUUGCAUUCAAGAUUUGAGAAGAUUAGGACUGCUAAGAUGCCUCAGGAACAGUACACCCAUCACCGGGGCACCAUGCCCAGCUCUGAGGGGCCGCAGGUAUACAAAGUGGGGAUUUAUGGCUGGCGGAAAAGAUGCUUGUAUUUCUUUGUCCUACUCCUGAUGAUUUUAAUACUGGUGAACUUGGCCAUGACCAUCUGGAUUCUCAAAGUCAUGAACUUCACAAUUGAUGGAAUGGGAAACUUGAGAAUCACAGAAAAAGGUCUAAAGCUAGAAGGAGACUCAGAAUUCUUGCAACCUCUCUACGCCAAAGAAAUCCAGUCCCGACCAGGUAACGCCCUCUACUUCAAAUCUGCCAGAAAUGUUACAGUGAACAUCCUCAAUGAACAGACUAAAGUACUAACUCAGCUGAUAACAGGGCCAAAAGCCAUCGAAGCUUAUGGCAAAAAGUUUGAGGUAAAGACGGUUUCUGGAAAAUUGCUCUUCUCUGCAGAUAACAAUGAAGUGGUAGUAGGAGCCGAGAGAUUACGAGUUUUAGGAGCAGAGGGCACAGUGUUCCCUAAAUCUAUAGAGACACCUAAUGUCAGGGCAGAUCCCUUCAAGGAACUAAGGUUGGAGUCCCCGACCCGGUCUCUGGUGAUGGAGGCCCCAAAAGGAGUAGAAAUAAAUGCAGAAGCUGGCAACAUGGAAGCCAUCUGCAGAACAGAGCUGAGACUGGAGUCCAAAGAUGGAGAGAUUAAGUUAGAUGCUGCGAAAAUCAAACUACCUAGACUGCCUCAUGGAUCCUAUACGCCCACAGGAACGAGGCAGAAGGUGUUCGAGAUCUGCGUCUGCGCCAACGGGAGGUUAUUCCUGUCCCAGGCAGGAACCGGUUCCACCUGUCAGAUAAACACAAGUGUCUGCCUGUGAGACCAUCUGUAGUGGACACUGCCGGCAGCAUCCAGGCCUUUUUUGGCUUUAGACCCUGGUUGCCAGCUAUUUUUACUAGAACACGGAAAGCCUAUCAAAGACCUUGUGUGUGUGUGUGUGCGUGCGUGCGUGCGUGUGUGUAUGCGUGAGUGUGUUUGCGUGUGUGGGUGGAUAUAAAUAUAUAUAAAUAUAUAUAAAUAAAUAUAUAUAUCCUCUGUAUAAAAUGAGGUUUCAGUACAAAAGGAACCAUGGGUGACCCUGUGAUAUCCACUGUCAUUGCUAUCCCAACCCUGUCAUGUACAUGAUAAAAUCAAAACACUAAUUUGGGCCCAAUAUUCUCCAGACCCUGCUGAAUCACACAGUGUAUCGACACUUACUGAAUAUCCCCCUACAUGUUUGAGUAACAGCCUGUCUUUUCUUUUAGUGUCAUCACAAGGCAGUGAUGGCGGGAAUUUGCAAGUCGCCCUCAGCGGCUAAGACCCCUGUAGUAAAAGCAGACCCUUAGUUCCCUUUAUGAGCUUUCACACAGCCAGCCAUCUCCUCGCUCUUCAAGUCAAAUCCCUCUAGAAGUCAGACAGAGGAACUCAGACUGGCUGUGCUACUUUGGCAACCAAAUGCAUCCAGGCUUUCAUGAUUGUGGAAUUUGGAGGAUGGAUUUUAGCAAAGUUUGAAUGACUCUCCCAACUCCUGCUAGCCUCCUUCCUUCAAACCCGCAUAUUAUCCCACAGUCAAAACAGGAGCUGUAAAUCAGCACAAAAUAGGAUAACAGCUGCUCCUCAGUCGGCUGGAAGCUACUCAGAGGCCUGACAGACUAAGAAUAAAUGGCCGAUAUGUCUCUGUUUAAAGGGAAAAAAAUGGCUCAAAAUCUGUUACAACCUCACUUUUGACUUUUAUCCAGCGGGCUCUUACCCAAAAUGAUCAAGUCAAUCCAAAUCCUCAAGAGUGGAACCCCCUACCCCUAUGAGAAGCUAUUGGGAGGUGGAAGUCAAAGAGUGGCAUAGGGAACAGAAUUAUUUUUAAAUAUGUUUCUGGGGACUGGUAGGUAAUUUAGAGGCACGCCUUUUAUUUUUAAAGGCAUGCACAAACACUCUGCCUCCAAUCUUCUUACAUAGUUUUUCAGUAUUGGGAUAUUCAUUUUCCUAAAUUGACCAUUGUUUUCUCUAAGAAUAGUGACCCGAGAAUCACAGCCAUGCAGUACCAUGUGCCCCCAGGAAUGUUCAUGGAAUAUUACUCUAGACAAGAAUCAAGUGUCUUCCUUAGAAUCGCUGUGUCCCCUGGUGCCCAGUGGUCCCUGCUUCCCUGCAAAUGGCAGCAGCUCCCUAAUUCCCGCCAUCAGCUACCUCCCAUCACCCCCACUUUCAUCAUCACGCUCCAGGGUCACCCUGGCCAGCUCUUGUGCUGGGACAGGAGAUUACACCGUCUCUGUUCAAAGAGGGGGAAAUGUGCCUGUGCCUUACGUCAAUGCACUCAGCAAGGAGAAGCACAUCCUGUUUAUCUUGUUGUUACCUGUAGUUUAUUUUGGGUGAUUGGAGGGAAAGGGUAAAAUGAUGACCGGGCAUCUUAAAAGCUGGUAGACAAACCAAGUGGCUGACAGAUGUAGACUCCGAGGAGCCUGGGAGGGAGACAUAACUGGUUUCUACCUCCCUGGAUGCCACUUGGCAAGCAGUGGCCCCACUGAAGUCGUACUUGUAGGCCUGAAUGGCAUUUGUUUUUUCCUCAACAGGGUUCUACUUUUUCUUACUUCACAAGCAGAGGUGACAUUUGCCAUAGAAAAUAAGAGGUUUGGUAUUUUUGAGAUGACACUCAAGCAUCGGGGGGCUGAGAUUGCACACAUGGGGGGUAAAAACAAACUGUGUGUUGCUUGGUCACUUAGCAGUCGGGGGAAGAGGGAUGGUUCUAGCUUGACCAGUGGCUCUGCUGGCUUCUGGACCCCGGGCUCCCUCCAGUCACUCCUGCUCAAUAUCCAUAGAGAAGAACUGGAUUGCUUAAUGAUGAGACCAUAUGAUUGUUUAUUUUGCAGCAUUAGGGUCUAAAAAAGAAAAUGGUAAAAAAAAAAAAAAAAUCCAGUUGCUCUGGCUCAGUACUAUUUAUAUAUGUAGAAUCACACUGCCAGAAUCUGCAUGUACCAUAUCCAGGGUUAUUCCAAGCCAAGAAAGGCCCUCCUUGACAACUCGGAGCAUCUACCCCAUAUCUUUCAGAUCAACAGUAGUUAUGAGGUUCUUUGUGGCUACAUACCUGAAGACAAAGGGUUUUUGCGUUUUGUUGGGGUUUUUUUUAACAGAGACCAUCUUUGCAUUUUGUCAUCUCAAGUACCUGUUCUAAGGAUGACAAAGAAACAGAAGGUUCACUGAGCUCUUUCAUCUAAUUUUGUUCUAAUCGUUAAAUGAAAGUCUGAGAGGAGCACCUUGGGAAUUUUAUGCCAAUAAAAAAGAGUGGUAUGAUCCCAUUUGCAAAAUUUAAUCCUAAAAGUACUCAGAUCACAAAUAGAAUAAAAAGAAUAAUAGCAACCAAGACUAGAAAUCAAGCAUCUAUGGGGACAGACAUGAUAUAAAAUUCUGAUUUUCAUCUGUGCUGAGUGACUACAAUAUAGGUAACGAGCAGGAAGUUUGGCAUGGAUUAAAUUAUGUAUUUCACUUCAGACUUUAGAAUUCGGUAAAUGCAUAUUAAGUCCUCAAUGUACAUUUUUCCCCCUAACUUCCUCCAUGUCCCUGGUCAUGACAAAACAUUUCACCUGAAUUCUGGGAAAAAAAAAAAUCUCUUUUACAUUAAAAUCUGAUAAUUUUAAUUUAUAACAAUGAAAUGCUUUCUAAUCUUUAUAUGCAGUAUCACAUCUCUCAGAAUAUUAAGAAGUGGUGGCAUAAUGAAGAGCUUAAAUGAAAUUUCAAUAUUCUAGAAGUUCUAGUAUUUAAAUAUUUUUCAGGAAAGUUUCAUCUCCAAAUGUUUAGCACCUAGUUUAUUGGAUAUCUGCUAAUAAGUUGUUAAAGCUGAGUCUUAAGAAAUGACUAGUAUGAAGGAGGUUUUCAAAAGCCCUUUUGGUGUCAUCAGUCUAGGUGGAAACUUGAUAUGAAGCUUUAUCUUUCUGUUACCAAGAAAUAGAACCUAUAAACUUGAACUGGCUUUUAACUUCAUUUAGGUCAGUUUCCGUUGGUUGAUUUUCAUUGUAUGUCCAGCACCACAGACCAAAGAUUGCUUGAGUCUUGACUCUAGCACAGGGGUCAGCAAACUCUGGUCCCUAAGCCAAAUGGGACUCAUCAUCUGUUUUUGUAAAUAAAGUUUUAUUUUAACACAGCCACAUCCAUCCACUUACAUGUUAUGGAGAGCUGAUUGCAUACUGGACCAGCAGGGUCGAGUAUCUGUGCCAGCAACCUCGUGGCCCAGUUACUCAUGACACAGUUACUAAUUGGUUUUUCAGCAAAAGUUUGCUGACGCCUGGCAUAGAGGUCAUGUGUAGUCUCAUCUGUGUUGGACACAGCAGGAGGGAAAGCAAGUGAUAGUGGUACAUUUCCAGGCAUGCUUGGGAGUAUAAAUAUGUGGUUAUAGAAAAGAUGUUCCACCUUACAUUGCACAUAAAAGAUAUCCACUUGUCUGAGAAACACAGGCUCACAGGAUUCUUGGGAAGAAGGAAGAUGGAAUUAGAGAAGGGCUGAGUGAAAGAGGAGGCUGUGAUCCUCCAAAGGGUUUUCCUAGGAUCCUUAAUAUAUAGGGGUUCCUUGGGUUAGCAUCAUCGUAUGACAUGAAGUGAAGCAGGGGUCCUUUGAUUUACAUCUAGAAUAUCUUUCCUGAAGAGACUAUUUCUGCAGUCUCUGCUUAGAGGUUUCUAUCUCGCCUUCUCAUAUUCCAGAAAGACACCCAUUCCAUGGUCCUCUGAAGAAUAUUUUUGGCUUAACACAUCUUUUUGCCAUCCAUCACCUCAGUUAUUCACACCUACAGCAGACUUGUUCUCUUAUGACUACGUCAGGCCUGAAGAGUUGGCAGGACCAAUAAAUAAUUAGAAAUAUUCAAAGAAAUAUCUUAAAAUAUGUAAGAAGAAAAAAUACAGAAUUAUUUCAUGAAGCUACUGCUGGGGAGUUAGAGGUCAGGGGGAAAGGCUGCCUUGAUGUUGUCUUCAAGGAUCUGGGUCUUUGUUCUCUGGUGUAAUAGGAGUAAAGGAAAGACCUACUUUGAAUUCCAAAAUCUCUGCCUCUGCGUGGUAAGGCAGGUUCCUCCCAGAGAUUUGUCCCUUCAGUCAGCACCCCUGUUGCUAAACCAGGACUUCAUAUUCAAUAUUGCUAAAGUAGCAUCAGUUAUGAAUGAUUCUUUGUAAGUAGUAGUAUUCCUGUUAGGGAAGGAAAGGUGUUUAUUUUUUUAUCCACCAUUUACCAGUCUCUAAUCAACAUUAGUUAAAGGAAUCCUUCAGCAUUUUAUCUGGAUUCAACUAAGAGAGGAUUAAAUUGGCCUUCACAGGAGCAACUACAUGAAAAUAUCGUGAUUUAUUUUAGGCAAAAGGUAGCCUGAUGUUUGAACCAAGGAAGUAAACAGAUCCAUUUAAGCACUAGAUCCUUAUUUUUUUUAAGGCUCUCGGAAAGGUGAAAAUCCCAUUUAAGUAGGUUGUAAACAUGACCCCUUUUCUCUAUUUCUCUUGCUCUGAGAAAUCUUAGGCACAAAAAGAGUAACAAAGCAGUUCCUGGAAUGAGACAUUUGCAUGGUGCCCCAGUAGCAGGUAGAGGGAAAAAGUCAUAAUAAAAGAAACAACCUUAGAAAACAGGCCUUUUAUCUCAAAGAUAAAAUGUUUCUCUUUUGGUCUUUCAUCACUUUUUCCUCAGUGGAAGGCUCCCCUAGUCCCAACAUAUUUCCAUUAAAAUAGUCAAAGCUACUGCACUGGGGUGUCAGAUGCAUCUCUUUCUUUGUGGUAAUCAGAAUUUCAAAUUACACAGUUGCCUCUGAAUUUCUCAUUCACAAAGCUAAACCACUGAUAAGAGAUAAAGCGCUCUGAAGCCCGCUGCUUCUUCCAGCACAGCACACCGCACACAUUAGCACUUUCAAAAGCAAUGUGAUUUCUGUGGUUCUUAAAAGCUUUCUUCAUAAUGGAGUCCUUGAAAUUUCUCAAGACAGAUCUGAAUGGCAAAGGGAAAAGAAUUAUUUGUGGGAGGUCCUCGUUUUGAGUAUUGUUAGAGCACAAGAAUAAAAGAAAACAUCCCCUUGGGGGUGACUCAUGAUCCAUGGGCUAUUUUCUUUGGUUUUAUCCCACCCCACAUCUUCUUUUUAGAUACUGACAGAGUAGGAUAUAUUAGCAUCUUCCCCUGGAAAAAAGAGCAGUUCAAAGCAUGCAACAAGAGGUAUGAUGUCAGAACAGUAUUAAGGAUGUUAACCAAACCCAUCAGUAAAUAGUCUCAAACAUACCAACAGCAAUGCUGACUUCUUAACUUUUGCCCAACAAGUGGUAAUAUCAGUUCCACCUCCAGGAGGUUUGCAACUGUACAGAGGAAAACACUAUCAACAGGAAGUAUUUUUAGAGUUCAAAUCCAGCUGUCGCAAUGGGAAACCAGAAUACUAUUCUAAAACACCUUGUUAGGCACGUAGACACCCUCACUAGACAGUGAAGGGAUUUCACUCCAUCACUGAACAUGACCUAAAGUCAGACAAUAAAACAAGCUGACCUCUUUCAGACAAGAGAGAAGACCUGUCUUACCUAAAAUCUAUUCUGCACUCCUAGACUCCUCUGGUAAUCCCAUUUCUGUAUUGUCUUCACAGCCUAAUUCUAUAUUUGCAUUAUUUUGGUGAAAUCAGAGACAGCUAAGAUUUCCUAAAUCCCAAGUUGAUCCAUAGGUUACAAAGGAGCAGUAUAGCAAAGUACUGUCUGCGGGCAAAAGAUAUUUGAUGACCAAGAAGACACGGAUGCUUCUUUAGUCUCCAUAUUUAUAUAAUCCACGAAGUCCUAACAUUUGGGGGGAUGUCAUAGUUUCUUUUGAGGAUCUGAGCAAGUCGUGAACCUUCUUCUCAAAUCACACCCAUGAAUCUUACAUAAGGUCAGAGAGGUCUCCUUGGCCCCACAGCCUAUUCUAAAGCAUGGCAAGAGCUGGGUUCUGUUUCUCCAAUUAUAAUGAUAAUGUUUAUGAACUAAUAUUCAUUGAGCACUGUGCGCUAGCCACUGUGCUGCGUGUUUUAUAUGCAUCCACUUAUUUCAUCCUCAAAACAGUCGAGUUUGGUUCCAUUAUAGUUCCAAUCUACAGAUGUGGAAACUGAGCCUUAGAAAGGCUGGGAAACUUGCUCAAAGUCACUAGUUAGAAAAGGGCGGGGCUGGAAUGCAGGUCUAACUCCAGACCACUAUGCUGUGAAGUCACCAGCAGGUCAAGCUAUUUGUCAAGCUGUUAAGAAACGUCUCCUACCGGUUUUUAAACUAGUCCUUCUUGUGUGGAUGAGACUAUAAAACAGUAGCUCCUUUUUUUCUAUCUUGUCUCAUGAGUGACAGCACCCAGCACUAACAGAGAGACACCUAUGGUAAAAAUAUAGAAGAUCUGAGUAACAGAAUCUGGUACCAAAAAAGAAUAAAACACCAAAUAGUUUGCUUUAUGAUUCUUGUUAAAUCAGGCUCCUUCUCCUUAUAAGUUCAAAGAUGCCUGGGUUGUCAGCCUUACAUUUAAGAAUUAAACUUUAAUCCUCAAUGAUCUACAGUUGAGGCUACACAAAUAAGCAUUUCUGCUCACACAACUCUCCUUCCCCUGUAUUUCACUUCAAAAGACCAAUGUCUUAUUUUAGGUGAGUGCUUUGAUACCAGUUGGCUAUCAUUCUUCCCUACAUUUAGCUGUGGCAAGACUCCAGGAGAGAAUCAAAUAGAAAGGAAUUCAACUGUCUGUAUUUCCCUACAAGAAAAUAAGACUGGCAAGAAUUCAGUUAGCACCAAGCAUUCAGGACCAAGCUGGCCCCUUUGGCUGGGAUAAUGGUUCGAGUCUCACACCCUGUACCUGGUCAGUCAUCACUAAUGGUCCAUAAUCCCACCUACCCCACGUGCAGAAUUUUUCUUACCAAAGCACUCAGGCCAUCAUUACCAAUUGAUCUGAGUUGGAAAGGGGACCCACCUGCCAAUUCCUGUUGCAACCGUGGCACACUUUAACCUUGAACCUGUACAGCUGACACCCGUGUUCUGGUUUCAGUAAAGAGGCUGGUGGCAUUGCAGUGACUAAGGGAGCAGAUGUAUGCAUCUGAAGUUCCUUAUAACUUCGUGGCUUUGGGGCACUUUCAUUUUCUAAGCCAAGGGAUCAGGGUUUGAUUUCUAAGAGUUCAAAGACUUAAAAUCAUUUUGAAGAAUUAACUCAGCCAGGGACAAUCGGAACAGGUUAAACUGGUAUGCCCUUGUGCGGCUCCUAUUAGCCUGCCCCUACCCAGAGCUUUGUAGUGGCGCAGUGGCAGAGGGUGGGUCUGUCCUGCUUUUUCUGUGUUUUCUCCACAUCCCAUGUCUGACCCCUGGAGGGCUACAGACAGAGCCUCUCAUUGUUCCUAACACAGUCAAUCCCAGUGCUAACCAGGGUCCUAUUGUGCUCCUGUGGCUCUGCCACCUCUUAAACCUUAGUAAAGGGAUGAACUAAAACUGUCAAAUAUCCUGUUUUAGGGUAAGUCAUUCAGGGAUUUUCUUUUACUGGUGUAUGUGUCCAAACAGCAAAUUAGGAAGGGAUAUCUUUAAAGGGUCUCAUGGAACUAACAUCACCAGAGCCAGCAGUCAGGUUCCCUGGCAGACACAGGAGAUCUUGGCAAAGUAGAAGGAAGAGUCUGCAAACCUGAAUUUGCGAUGGACACAAAACUAACCUAAUUUAUAGGUAGUGUUUGGUGAGGCAGUAAUAGAGUUUGCCAUCCGUUAACCGCCUACCCAGUCAAGUUUCUCUCUUUUUGAGGCCACAUUAAAGCAGAGGCAUGCUUCGUCAGGAGAUCAGGUUUGAGAAAGGAAAGGCAGGGAAACAUCCAUCUCUGUGCUGGCUAAACACACUCCUGGAGAAGCCAGAUUCUGGUGCUUUCAUAGUAAAGAUAAGGUCAUAAAAGUCCUAUUUGCUUGGAGAUUUUGAAAAAGGAACCCCAACCCCAUUUCCCUAAAGCAAUUGAGUUCAGCCUUUGGAUUAUUUUUUUUUAACUUGGUUUUUUGUUUUUCUCUCGAUUUGGGUGUGAUGUAAGAAGAGCUUUUUAGUUUUGUUUUGAAUAACAUCAAUCCUUGCACACUCUAUGCAAAAAUUUUGUAAGCAUUGCAAUAAUGCUAUGAAUUACAAGGAACUAUUUUAACUUUAUUACACUUUCUGUAUAAAAAAUUUGUAUUUAAUAUUAUUUCAACUGCAGUCUUGUAAAAUAUAUUAAUAAAAAUAAUGAUUGGUAAGAA